AUGCUGGACGAUACGGUGUUCCAGCAUGCUGUUGAAGUAUGGUCGAAAGCGGGCUUUACGGAGCUACAACGGCUGCUGGACGAAGGUGUGUUAACAGCUAAAGAGCUUGAGUCUAAGUCAUUGAACUCGAGAAGGGCUCUGGCUUCAGAGACCAAGCAGUUUAAGAGGCUCGAGGAAGGAGAGAAGCUAGGACAGGUGAACAAAAUAAUCAAAAGUUAUCAGCAGGAGGUGGACAGUUUGACAUCUCGAUCAAAGGUUGCAGAAGAGCUAGUGUUGAGCCUGUAUUCGAAACUAUCAGAAACUCCUGAUCCAUACCCUCUUCUUGAAAUGUCAGUACAGCAAACCCAGAGUGCAGAUGACAUCAAGACUUUAAAGGGUAAAAUUGAGGAUUUGGAAAACCAAAUCUCGAAAAGGGCCGAUUACGACAAAGUACGUGCCAGGCUUCUGGACCUUGAACAAAAUUCCGCAAAGACUUUAUCUAAAAGACUUGCGGCCAAGGAGCAAGAACUGAGCUCGCAGUUUCUUGAGAAAGAAAGGAAUUGGAAGGAACGCGAGAAGGAGUUAACACGCCAACUAGAAACGAGCAAAGACACCAACAAAAUCUUGGAAAGUAAGCUAACACAAACAGUCGAUGGAAAUGGAGAUUCACACAAAGGUCCUACAGAACGUCAAUCUGCUGAACAGCAGUUACUGCUACAAGAGGUGCAGUCUUCACAAGCCCGAAUUUUGGACCUCGAGAAAAGGAACGAAGAUUUAAGUGGCCAAUUGGCGAAAGCUACUAGUGAGGAAGAGCAAGCAUUAGAAAAGGACGCCCGAAAUUUGAAGAUUAAUGAAUUAGAGUCGGAAAACGCUCUACUGAGCGCCUCCCUUGCUCACGAACAUAAAUUGCUAGAAACAAAUAUCAAGGACAAAGAAACUCGCAUGGAUUCACUAGAACAGCAGUUACUUUUGGUACAGGACGAAUUGGCAAAAAAGGCUCGGAAACUUAAUGUCUAUGGAGAUUACGAAGCUAUCAAACGGGAAUUGACAGCACUCAAGAAAAUUGAAUUUGGAGCGUCAGACGAGGAUGGAACCAGUGUGGAUUCAACAUUGUUGAAAGCGAAUAAGAAACUUCAAGGCAAUUUGGCCGAGCUUCGUGGCAAAUUUGGUGGGAUGGAGAAAGAGUCCUCUACAGUGCGAAAAGAAAACUUGAAGCUGAUAGAGCAGCUGAAACAGUUAGAGAAGGUCAAUGUGCAGUUAGAAUCGGACUUGGAGCGGAUGGAUAACAUCAGUACUAUAAAUGACACGGCAAGUAUGAUGUCAGGUGUGACGCGACAAAUGAACCGUGUUGGAACCUCUACGCGGUAUGGCGGAAAGCUUUCACCGACAAGCUCGAUUAUUGGCAUUCCGGAGGACACAGACAUCAAACCUAUAGAGAGUGGGAGUUCAACCGUCUUACGGAUGUUAACACAGCAAAGAGAUAGGCUACGUGCCAAGACCACGGAGUUGGAAAAGAAGUUGCGUCAAACGAACGUUAAUGACGGACAGUUGCGCGCGGAACUUGGCAAGCUCAAAGCCGAUAACGCCAAAAUGUACGAGCGCAUAAGGUUUCUGUCAUCUUAUGGGUCUAAAGGUGCGGUUACAGAGGAUCUACUGGACUAUUCCCAAAAUUACAACGAAUCUCUCCAUCCAAUAGCCGACUUCAAACAAAAAGAGCUGGAUAGGAUGAAGAAAAAGGGGCUUUCACCUUUAGAACAGCUAUUUCUGAAUUUUGCGAAGGUGGUGCUGGCUAACAAGACAACCAGAAUUGUAUUUAUGCUGUACUGUCUAGGUCUACAUGGCCUGGUACUGGUAACGUGCAUUUACGCAACGAGUCUUGGCGGAGGCGAAAAGUUAGUAGAGCAGAGUGUAAAAAUAUAG